GGCAGGGAUUGUAAAAGCAUGAUGAUACCCUUCCUGGUCUCACUUACAGGCAUUACAGUCGGAGGCACAAUGGCGGACUGGAAGGAGAAAUGCGAAAAUGAGUAUCAUCUGAAGUCCAACGGAAUUUCGAUGCCUGAUAGUGUUGACUGGAAGUUGGUCUAUGAAAAGAAACCCCUAGGACGAAAUUUACUGAAGAAUCCUGCUCCUCAUGGCGUGACUCACCAUGAACCACCGCCGGAGCCUGAACUGUCAGAGGUCCCGCCAGACUACAGCAACGCACCUCCACCCGCUGAACCCAAAGGUGAUUAUUCGGGAUGGACCAAAAGUAGAGGGGAGAUGUUCUCUGAAGAUGCGAACAUACCUCCAGGCGCUGUAGUUUGCUAUCUUCCCCAGUUCAGCUGGCUCACUAUGGAGCAGCGUGUGGAUCUCCUAGCUGAGGGAUUAUGGCCAGAACUGCUUGAUGACUUCCAACCAGCUAUUGCAAUUGAUGACUGGUAUGAGGAGAGUCAGAUCCAUGAGUCCAUCUACCAGCUUCAGGUGAGGCUGCUCGGAAGCGAUGGACAGACGGUCAUCAAGGAGUUCACCAGCAAUCCCCGGGAGGACCUGGAGAAUUACUCCCACAACUGGAAACAGGUUUCCCACGUCUUCUCAGGCUACGGCCCUGGGGUCAGAUACGUGCACUUCCUGCACAGGCUGAAGAACAGCUUCAUGGUUGAGUUUCACUCCACCCUCGUCACUGGAAGCUCUGUCAUUGUAAAGCCUUCCAAGUCAAGUUAAUAUGGAAAGACGGUGGCAUACAGAUUCAAAACGUGCCUUAUCCAGUGUUAACCCAGCAACAGAUAUGAAGAAAAAAAACACUCCACACAAAUAUAACUCUACAAAAUAAAAGAUGUUUAAUAUA